UUUUAACAUCAACUGAGGGGUUCUAAAAUGGUGAUGGUGGGCGGAAUCCCAUUUCCACCCCAUCUCAAUUUGAACAAUAACCAGCUCUCACUCAUGGGUCAUGGGAUUACUGAUGUUGAGAUCCAUUUCCUCCAAAUAAAGUACACAGCAAUUGGGGUUUAUUUGGACCUUGAAAUUGUGUCACAUUUAAGCCAAUUUAAGGGGAAAACACCAGUUGACCUCUCUCAAGAUGAGGACUUCUUUGAAGCUAAUAUUAAUGCCCCAGUGGAUAAAAUACUGAGAGUGGUGGUGAUAAAGGAGAUAAAAGGGUCACAGUAUGUGGUGCAGCUAGAGAGUGGAGUGAGGGACUUUUUGGCAGAGGCUGAUAAAUAUGAUGAGGAAGAGGAAGCUGCUCUUGAAAAAAGUAGAAUCAUUUUUUCAGUCCAAAUAUCUCAAGACAAAUUCUGUCAUAACAUUUACUUUUCCAGCAGCUAACACUGCCUCAGCUAAGAUUGUGCUAACAACAGAGGAGAAGGAUGAGUCAGGCAUUGAUGUAGAGAAUGCAAAUGUUGUUGAAAUGAUGAAAAAAUGGUAUUUUUGUGGAACUAGGGCGGU